GAAGAGAGCCUCCAGAUCCCGGGGGGGACUGAAGGGGACAGCUUCCCGCUGAUGGAGAUCAACGCUUGUGAGACCGAGACCUCUGAGCAGUGGGAUUUUGUCCUUGUGGCUGAGCUUCGCACCCAGAGAAACCCCAGGCAGGUCCACCGGCAGCAGCAGUUCCUGGAGGAGCUCAGGGGAAAGGGCUUCCAUUACAAGGUGUUGGAGGACAAGGAGAAGAUGUUCUUCGGGAUCCGAGCCGACAGCAGGCUCUUCAACCUGUACCGCACGCUCCUCCUGGAGCCCAAGGGUCCUGCCCCCAGCGUGGAGCCGGCUGGGCUGGCCCCCAUCCCAGCCACCACCAGAAUCCGAAUUGUCAACUUCAUCCUGAAGAGCAAAAUGGCAGCUAGCGACACCUUUGAGGAGUUGGUGAAGGAUGGGGUCUUUGAGACCAGGUUUCCCCUGCACACGAGGGAGGAGGACCUGAAGAAGAAAUGGGCCCAGUGGAGAAACAUGUUCCACAAGCAGCCAAUUGAUGAUAUCAGGGACUACUUUGGUGAGAAGGUGGCCCUGUACUUCGCCUGGCUCGGCUGGUACACCUACAUGCUGGUGCCCGCCGCAGUGGUGGGCCUCCUUGUCUUCCUGAGCGGCUUCUCCCAGUUAGACACCAGCCAGAUCAGCAAGGAGAUCUGUGAGGCCCACGACAUCUUCAUGUGCCCUCGGGGCGACCACGGCCGCAGAUACCACCAGCUCUCGGACACCUGCGCCUUUGCCAAGCUCACCCACUUCUUCGACAACGACAGAACUGUGCUGUUUGCCAUCUUCAUGGCUCUGUGGGCCACGGUGUUCCUGGAGCUCUGGAAGCGGUACCGAGCCCGCGUGGUCCUGCACUGGGACCUGUAUGGCUGGGACGAGGACGAGGAGGAAAUGGCGCUCGAGCUGAUCAACUGCCCCGACUACCAACUCCGGCCAUACCAGCACUCCUACCUGCGGAGCACGGUCAUCCUUGUCCUGUCUCUGCUUAUGAUCUGCUUCAUGAUUGGAAUGGCCCACGUCCUGGUGGUCUACCGCGUGCUGGCUGCUGCCCUCUUCAGCAACUUGCCCUUCCUGGGGGAGCAGGUGACCACAGCCGUGGUGGUGACUGGGGCCCUGGUGCACUACCUGACCAUCCUCAUCAUGACCAAGGUCAACAAGCGUGUGGCCCUGAAGCUUUGUGACUUUGAGCAGCCCCGGACCUUCUGGGAGCGAGAGAGGAAGUUCACGGUCAAGUUCUUCACCCUGCAGUUCUUCGUCCACUUCUCCUCCCUCAUCUACAUCGCCUUCAUCCUGGGCAGGAUCAACGGUCACCCUGGGAAGUCCGUGCGCCUGGCAGGGUUGUGGAAGCUGGAGGAGUGCCAUCUCAGUGGCUGCAUGAUGGACCUCUUUGUGCAGAUGGCCGUCAUCAUGGGUCUGAAACAGACGCUCAGCAACUGCAUGGAGUAUCUGUGCCCGUGGCUGACCCACGAGUGUCGCUCGAGGCAGGGCCACCUGUCCCGGGACCCUGACCUGGAGGCCUGGCAGCGCAACUACCGCCUGAACCAGGUCAACAUCUUCAGCCUGUUCGACGAGUUCAUGGAGAUGAUGAUCCAGUAUGGCUUUACCACCAUCUUCGUGGCCGCCUUCCCGCUUGCCCCGCUGCUCGCGCUCUUAAGCAACCUCAUGGAGAUCCGCCUGGAUGCCAUCAAGAUGGUCCAGCUGCAGCGGCGCCUGGUGCCCCGCAAGGCCAAAGACAUCGGGACCUGGCUGCAGGUGUUGGAGACCAUCGGCGUGCUGGCCGUCAUAGCCAACGGGAUGGUCAUCGCCUUCACGUCCGAGUUCAUCCCCCGAGUGGUGUACAAGUACCACUACGGCCCAUGCCGAGGGGGGGCCCACCCGCCAGUCGACUGCCUGACUGGCUACGUCAACCACAGCCUGUCUGUGUUCUACACCAAGGACUUCCAGGACCCCGACGGGAUAGAGGGCUCAGAGAACGUGACAGAGUGCAGGUACCGGGACUAUCGCAACGCUCAAGACUACAACUUCUCGGAGCAGUUCUGGGUCCUCCUGGCCAUCCGCCUGGCCUUCCUCAUUCUCUUCGAGCACGUGGCCUUGUGCAUCAAGCUCAUUGCUGCCAGGCUGGUGCCUGACGUGCCCCAGUCUGUGAAGAACAAGGUUCUGGAGGAGAAGUACCAGAGGCUGCGGGAGAAGCUGAGCUCCAGCCCAAAGAGCACGGACGUGUAGGGGACCCAGAGC